GGGCGGGGCCGAGCCCGGGCGGGGCCCGCCCCUCUCGGGCCUGGCGGCCGGCGGGAAGCGGCAUGGCUCCCGGCGUGGAGCUGGGUUUUGCGGCGGCGGCGGAGGGCCCGGGCGGUGCCUGGCGGCUGCACAGCACCUACUUCCCCAGCAAGGUCGGGGGGCGGCCGGCGUGGCUGGGCGAGGCCGGGCUGCCGGGCCCCGCCGCUCUGCGCUGCGGCCAGUGCCAGCAGCCCCGCGCCUUCCUGCUCCAGCUGUACGCGCCGCUGCCCGGCCGCCCCGACGCCUUCCACCGCAGCCUCUUCGUGUUUGCCUGCCGCAGCCCCGCCUGCUACCGCCUGGCGGGCCCGAGCGGGCCCUUCCGCGUGUUCCGGAGCCAGCUGCCGCGGCGGAACGACACGUACCCCGAGCGCUGCUGCGGGCGCUGCCGCCGCGCCGCCUACUGCGGGCCCGAGCACCAGGCGCUGGACUGGCGGCGCGGGCACCGCCGCUCCUGCGGGCAGCACGCCGCCGGAGAUGACUCGGCAGAUGCAAUUCCAGAGCAUAAUGAAUUCCUUUUUCCAGAGUAUGAAAUUUUGAUAGAACCUGAGGAACCAGAAUUUCCUGCUGACAGCACUGAUGAUGAACAAGGAGCUGAAGACACAUCAAAGGAUGCAAAAGAACAAGAGGAACUUGGAGCUGCAGGCCCUGCAGAUGAAGCAUUUCAGUCCUUAGAUGAAGAGACAUUGGAAGCAAUGGCAAAACACGAGACUGAGGAAGAAAAGAUCUUCCAAAUGUUUAAAAAACAAGUAGCUGCUGAACCAGAACAGAUUAUUAGAUACUGCAGAGGAGAAGGUCCACUCUGGGUGUCAGGUGAAAAUAGGCCUGAAGAAAAAGAUAUCCCAAAUUGUGUAUGUGGUGCCAAAAGGAUAUUUGAAUUCCAGAUUAUGCCACAGCUCCUGAAUCACCUUCAGGUUGACAGCCUUGGAGAGAGCAUUGACUGGGGAACACUGGUAGUGUACACUUGUGCUGACAGCUGUGGUGGGGGAACUGAAUACCUGGAAGAGUUCAUAUGGAAACAAGACUAUUCCAUGGGCUCUACUUUAUGAAGUUGAGUCAUUCAAAUUGAAUACUUGAUUUGUUUCACUGCAUCUCUGCACUAUGUAAACAGGUAGUUGAACUGAAGUCACUUAUAACUGUGCAUCUUGUAACAGUGAUAAAACUGCUGUAACUAGACCUUGACAGCCUCUCUUGUGCUCCAGAGGAGCUUUUACUUCAACCUGGUAAUGAAGCCAGAUGCAUUUGUUCAGAAAGCUUCAUUUCAAAUCUCAUUUUUGGAAGUUUAUUAAAUAAAGAUGAAAAAAUUUUGGAUUGGUGAAA